UCGUCCCUACCGAUGGAACACAACAGUGUGUACGAAGAGCAGAGGAGAGCAGAGCCACUGUAGAGGACAGCAGGGAUUCAUGCAUCGGCAUCGAAAGUCAGGCCAUGGAAAUAACGUUGAAGGGUUUUCCUCUGAAGGUGGUGAAUAUUCCAUGGAGAAAUAAUAACCUCAGUAAUCUGCACACGGAGGCUCCUCUGUCCGAACAAGGAGAGACCAUCGUUGGAGUCUACCUGUUAGUGUUAGGAUGGCUGUCCUGGUUUGGAAACAGUUUAGUGAUGUUUGUCCUGUACAGACAGCGGGCCUCACUCAAGCCAACAGAUUUCCUCACUUUAAAUCUUGCCAUCUCUGAUGCCAGUAUCUCAGUGUUCGGCUACUCCAGAGGGAUCCUAGAAAUAUUCAAUAUCUUCAAGGAUGACGGAUAUUUGAUCACCUGGAUCUGGACCUGCCAGGUCGACGGCUUCUUCACGCUGCUGUUCGGCCUCGCAAGCAUCAACACGCUGACCGUCAUCAGCGUCACCAGAUACAUAAAGGGAUGUCACCCAAACAAAGCUUACUGCAUCAGCAUGAACUCCAUCGCUGUUUCGCUCAUCUGCAUUUGGACUGGAGCGGCGUUUUGGUCUGUCGCUCCGCUGCUUGGCUGGGGCAGCUACACAGAUCGAGGUUACGGCACCUGUGAGGUGGACUGGUCCAAAGCAAACUACUCCACCAUCCACAAAUCCUACAUCAUCUCCAUCCUCAUCUUUUGCUUUUUCAUCCCUGUGAUGAUCAUGCUCUUCUCCUACGUCUCCAUUAUCAACACAGUGAAAAGCACCAAUGCAAUGUCGGCUGAUGGUUCACAUACCACCCGCCAGAGGAAGGUGGAGAGAGAUGUCACACGGAUUUCCAUUGUGAUCUGCACUGCUUUCAUCAUGGCCUGGUCGCCAUAUGCAGUGGUGUCUAUGUGGUCCGCCUGGGGCUUCCACGUGCCAAGCACAACCAGCAUCCUCACCCGUCUCUUUGCCAAGUCUGCCAGCUUCUACAACCCGCUCAUCUACUUCGGCAUGAGCUCUAAAUUCCGCAAGGACGUCUCUGUGCUGCUGCCGUGCACACGCAAGCGGAGGGAGUUGGUGCACCUGCAGCGCUUUAAGAACAUCAAACCCAAGGCUGAGGCCACGCCUCAAGCCGCAGCACUUCCUGUCCAGCAGCUGGAGGGGAAGUACAAAGCAGUGGAGAACCCGUACAAUCCUGACAGCGACUCGGGGGUCAACAGCCCUCUUCAGACUCCUCCGUCGGAGCCGGAGGUCUUCCACAUUGAUGUGCCCUCACACAUUGAAACAUCAGAGUACUGGUGCGACAGGCUCUGAGGACACUUGACUUGAACCACUACUUGAAUUACAAGUGGAGAUUGACAGUAAUUUUGUAUUUUUUGGUCUUACCCAUGUUAAUAAACUGUAUGUGUAACUGGUAUUAAUAAAUUAUUCUAUGUUUCA